GUGCACUCUGUCUGAAGAGGCUCCAGGAUAGGUGCGCUGCCCCCGCGCCCGGCAGAGGAUGGGGAAGCAGAACAGCAAACUGCGCCCCGAGGUGCUGCAGGACCUGCGUGAGAACACCGAGUUCACAGACCACGAGCUGCAGGAGUGGUACAAGGGCUUCCUGAAGGACUGCCCCACAGGCCACUUGACUGUGGAGGAGUUCAAGAAAAUUUAUGCCAACUUUUUCCCCUACGGCGAUGCCUCCAAGUUUGCCGAGCACGUCUUCCGCACCUUCGACACCAACGGCGAUGGCACCAUUGACUUCAGGGAGUUCAUCAUCGCACUCAGCGUCACCUCCCGCGGCAAGCUGGAGCAGAAGCUCAAGUGGGCGUUCAGCAUGUACGACCUGGACGGCAAUGGCUACAUCAGCCGCGGCGAGAUGCUGGAGAUCGUGCAGGCAAUCUACAAAAUGGUUUCAUCAGUAAUGAAAAUGCCAGAGGACGAAUCCACUCCCGAGAAGCGAACAGACAAGAUCUUCAGACAGAUGGACACAAACAAUGAUGGUAAGCUGUCCCUGGAAGAGUUCAUCAAAGGUGCCAAGAGUGAUCCCUCCAUCGUGCGGUUGCUACAGUGCGACCCCAGCAGCGCCAGCCAGUUCUGA